ACAUGCGAGUACGGGUUUUACCAAACUCGGCUUUGGUCGAGUGGUUAAGCUUAAGCUAGACUGGCGAUGUCUGAGCAUCAAACCCUCUAAAUCCACGACAACUCUGUUCACCAUGUUGAGGCUACUAUCACGUGUGCCUCGGGUCGAAAUGAGGCCCAGCCUUCGGUUCAGUUCGUCCCUCGUCUUGGGAUCGGGUCCCAGUGAUCCUCCUCGUUCUGGGCGAGGCGCCAGUCAUGCCCGAUCCCAACUCCGGCGAUGGAAGUGCCACUCCCACUCCACUAGUCACUCGUCAUUCGAGAAUCCUUUUCUCAGUCCGACGAGUCCCCGCUCUCUCUUUGGUUGGGCUGGGAGUUCGGUUCAGCCCACCCAACGCCCACUCUGUCCUCCCACACCCUCAGUCACGCUUCAGAGUCGGCGACAGUCAUUUAAAGUAGCGGCUGUCUUGGUGGACGGCGCACCCACGGGCAUUCAGCCCUACCUGCGUUUAAUGCGUAUGGAUCGUCCCAUUGGUUCUUGGUUGCUAUUUUGGCCUUGCGGUUGGAGCAUUGGAUUGGCUUCGCCACCGGGAGCCUGGCCAGAUGUCAAGACCUUGGCCUUGUUUGGCACGGGUGCGUUUGUAAUGCGGGGUGCGGGCUGUACCAUCAAUGAUAUGUGGGAUCGAGAUAUAGACAAUAAAGUGGCUCGAACGCGAUCGAGGCCGUUGACCGCGGGUCAGUUGACGUUGUUCGACGCCCUCGUGUUCCUCGGCGGUCAGUUGGGCUUGGGCCUUUUAGUGCUGUUGGAAUUGAACUGGUACUCGGUGAUGCUAGGUGCGUCAUCCAUGGGGUUAGUGGUUUUGUACCCCGUGAUGAAGCGGUUUACUUAUUGGCCUCAGCUCGUGUUGGGCUUGGCCUUUAAUUGGGGCGCCCUGUUGGGCUGGUCGGCCGUUCAAGGCAAUUGCAAUUGGGCCGCGUGUGUGCCCUUGUAUGUGGCAGGUAUCUCGUGGACCAUCAUCUACGACACGAUCUACGCUCACCAGGACAAGCACGAUGAUAUCGUGUUGGGUAUCAAGUCCACGGCUUUAAAAUUCGGCGACCAGACCAAAUAUUGGCUGACCGGGUUUAGUACCACCAUGAUCUCAGGCUUGAUCAUGUCGGGCGUGGUGUGUGACCAGACUUGGCCGUUCUAUACAUCUGUGGGCGCGAUUGCGUUGCAUCUGGCCCGCCAAAUCCACACACUAGACAUUAAUGACCCCGAAGAUUGUGCCCGAAAAUUCGUGUCGAACCGCCGGGUGGGUCUGAUCCUCUUUUUGGGCAUUAUUGUGGGAACCUAUUGCAAAACCGAAGUGAUCAACUCGGGACCACCUUUGAGCGUGCCUGAAGCCAUUGCUUCAGCCGUCCCCACAGCCGUCCCCACAGCCGCAUCCACGGUCAUGACCACGCAAACGUCGAGGCAAUCCCUCUCCUUGGACUGAUUAUGACACCCCUUACCAAAUGUAUGACUCAAUCGUUGAUGUUCAUCAAACAAUACAUUCUGCCCGUGAUAAAGUUA